ACUCUGGUGAGAACGUGCGGAAGCCAGAAAGAAUUUUGCCGCUUACAAGGAAACGGAGCCUUGAGAGACGAGAUUUCCCAAGCCCCGAGGAAAAACAUUCCCAGGUCCUGAUCAGCUCUUCCCAGUCUCAGAGAAGCCAUGGGAGCCUGCCACAUCCAGUACGCCCUGCUCCUCUCUCUGCUGGGCUUCGUCCCCUGCUCAGAUUCUCUGAACUGUCAGUUGGGAUCCAUGAUGCACGUCGGCAGUGGUCUCACUAAGGCAGCAGUUGAAUGGACAGAACAAAGCACCAUGAUGACUAUUCGUGAACAGAGUUGUCAGGAGAUUCUUGUUCUUAUAGAUGUAGGCAAAAAAUCUGUCUUAUUGGGAAGCAAAGGUACCAGCACAGAGAAGCAUAGGAAUGUAAGAAAUAUCACGGUGUUCGCCCCUGGACCAGGAAUAAUGGCCAUCACUUUUUACCACGUAUGUGACUCUGAACUGUGCAACAGUUCAAAUAGCAGCAGAGUCCUACUUGACUCGAUCCCUCGUGUAGCCCCUCCUGUGCCAGGAAGGAGCCAGUGUCCUGUCCGCUUGCAUUUUAAGGGUUCUGCCAACCGCAAGUCCAACCUUGUCUUCUGCCCUAGAGGCACUCGUUGUUACAGUAGUGAAUUGGCCUUCUACGGAGGUGGCCUCAGUGUAGUCUUUAGCAUUUCUGGAUGUCUGGUCUAUCCUCAAAAACGCUUAUUGAAAAAUCAAAGUUCAAUUGGGACAGUCUCCAUCACAGAAACCCGUUUUCCGUCCAAGAGUGGCGAUCCAUUCUCACAUGGACUUGUCCCAAGUAUGCUCCUGGCCUGGAUGUUAGGGCUCAGGUCUCUUCUCAGCCCUUCAUUUACAGCAAUCUGA